UUUCGUUUUUUCAUGUUUUUUCAUUUGCUCUAAUCAACAAAAAUAUGUCUUCUGCAAAGAAUAAUUUUAAUCAUUUGUUUCAAUCAAAAAAUCCAUAUGAUAAUCGAAGUAAUAUACCAUCGGCCAUAAAAUCGGCAAGUCGUAUUCCACAUCGUCCAAUGAUUGAUCAUGGUGGUAUUGGAUUUAAUGGUUUUAAUUCGGUAAAGAAAAAUGGUAUCGGUACCAAUUUAUUUGGUCUUACACCGCAAACAAAACGAACAUCAUAUAUUCCAAGUAGUGUUGUAUCAAGUGCACGAUUAUCAACGGCAAGUAGAUCAUCCGUUUCAUCACGAUAUUCAACAUCGAAAGAUAAUCGACCAUUAUCCGAUCAAAAUUAUCAUCGUGAAUGUGCGGAUAAAAUUGUUGAAUUUCUUAACAUGAAUGGUUAUGAACCACAAUUAACACGUCAAAAUUUAUUACGUUUAUCAUUGAGUGAAGCAUCACGAAUAUUUCAAUUUUUAUUCUCAUUUUUUAAUGAAAACAUUAUUAUUAAAAGUGGUGCACAAACAUCGUUAAAUAUUGUCGUACCAAAACAAAUGCAAUUACUUGGCUAUCCAUAUUCGAUAAAAAAUUCUGAUUUAACAUCAUUCAGUGGUGGUCGUCAACUUGGUACUGUUCUUUCUAUGUUCGAAUCUCUUUUCGUUUUAGCAAGCUAUUUACAAAAUGUUGAUGCAAAUCGUUUGAUUGGAAGUAAUUAUUUUUUCUGGUCUGAAGAUGGUGAAAUUAUGUUCGAUAAUGAUGAUACAGUGGAUAUGAAUAAAGUUCUACCACGUUUACAUGAUCUAUUGCCUAUGCUUGAUUGGGAUAUUGAUGAAGAAAAAGAAAAUCAUUUUAAAUUAAUUGAACAGAAAGAAAAGCAUUUAAAAUUAUUGGCCGAAAAACUUUAUGGUACACAAGAACAAUCGAAAAAAUUACAUGAUGAAAUUGAUGAACUUGAACUAUCGAAACAAAAAUUGGAUCAAGAAAUAUCUUAUCUAAGUGAAUUGCCAAAUGAUCUACAAAAAUUGGUAGAUGAUUUUGAAAAUUGUCAAAAAUAUAUUGAAGAAAUGAUUGAACAUAACAAGGCAAAUUUAAAGGUAAAAAAUGCUUUAAACGAAGAGAUUGAAUCGAAUAAAGAAGAAUUGAUAAAAUUAAAGGCCGAAAAUAAACGAUUAGAAGCGUUGGUCGAUUCACAGAAACAUCUUGUCAUUGAAUAUCAAUAUGCAAUUGAACGAAGAAAACAACUACAGGAAGAAAUUGAACAAGCUGAACAGGAAAAUCAGAAUACAAAAUCAACAAUAUCAACAUUAACAUUGGAAAUUAAACGUGAACAUUCUAAAUUAGAAUCAUUAAUGCGUGAUAUUAGUGAAAUGAUUUCAUUGAUUUGUGUAAUGUAUGAAAAUUCUAAAAUUCAUCAAUUUUUAUUGGAUGAAUCGAUAAAAUUUCAUAAGAAUAAUGAAUGGGUAGAAUUUAUAGCUAAAUUUGAACAAUUCAAAUCGAAAAUAGAUGAAAAUUUUGAUGAAACAUUUGAUUCAUUGGAAAUAAUAAUGAUGAAAAAUUUGAAAGAUUUUCGUAUGCAUCUAAUUCAACAGGAAACAACAUUGAAAACACAAAUAUCAUUAGAAGUUGCCUGUCAGAAUCAAAAACAACAAAAACAAUGUGAUCAACAACGACAAGAAUUUAAAGUUCUUGAAGAAAAAUUUAAACAAAUUUGGCAACAAAAAAAUGAUAUUGAAAUUGAACAUCAAAAUAAAAUUGAUGAAUUGAAUAAAGAAAUUGAACAAUUAAAAAUGAAAAUUAAUGAUGUUGAAAAAUUAUUUACAACAAACAAAUUAUCGACAAAUGAAUUGGAUGAAAAAAUUGACAAUUUAGAAGAAGAGAUUGUUGAGAAAAAAUAUCAAAUCAUGAAUGAUUAUCGUGAACGUGAUAAACAAUUUAAACAAUAUGAAUCAAAAUUGAUUAUCGAGAUUGAAGAACGACAAAAAAAAGUCGAACAAAACAUUUGUGAACUGAAAAAAAUUGUGGCCGAAAUGAAAAAAUUGUAA